AUGGUGGCCGUGGGGGAUCUUCAGAUGCCGGAAUUUUCCUCGCAGCUUGCCUCAUCCACGGACUACCUUCUCUCGGAAUACCCGUCUGAAGUACUAUUUCCAUCGAAACUAUCUAAUCAGCUAGCCGAUCUGAGGACUGAGUUGGUUGAAACAUCAAAAUCGAUGGUGCUAGGAAGCGCAGAUACACUACAACCACUUGACUGCAUGGAACUAAAUGCACUGUUCAGUGUCUCCAACAUUCCCACUUUCAUAUCAGCUUUCUUCCAAUCUCUGCAUUGGCACUUGCCUAUUGUCCAUUUCCCAACGUUUGAUCCUGGCAAUGUUUCCAACCCCUUGCUCCUCGCCAUCUCCUUGGCUGGUGCAGCAUACAGCCUUCCCUUGGACGGUGGAAAUUUUUCACCAUGGAUCUUUGACGUGGCAGAGGAGUUCAUCUUCCGAAAGAUCGCGAAUCUAUCGGCUACUCUGUCGCCAAAGGAUCUCACACACCUGAUGCCCACCGUGCAGUUAAUACAAAGCGCUCUGAUAAUGGAGAUGCUUCAAUUUGGGCGAGACGAUGUGCAAACCAGACGUCGCAUUCGUAUUAUUCGGCAUCCUUGUUUGGUAUCAACUAUCAGGUCGUUCGGAAUUUUCAAGUUGAAACGCAGAAUGGCUCCCGAGGUCUGUGACGACUUGACGUGGAGAAUACUGGUGGCGGAGGAAAUGUGCAUCAGAAUUGCUUGCUGGGUCUUCCUCGCGGAUGGAUUCCUUACUGUCUGCUUCAAGAACCAUCCAGCACUUUCUGUCUUUGAGAUGGACUGUCACUUUGCUUGGAGUGCGGAGCUAUGGGAAGCCGAGGAUGCAGCAUCCUUUAGUAAAAUUGCUACGGCUCAUUCAUCAGCGGCACCGAUCCCUCCUUUGAAGGAAGUCGUUGAGCAAUUACUCGAGUCUCCCAAAACUGCGGACCCGAUCUCGUGGAGUUCAUCGUUAUCUCCCGAACAUCUGUUGAUUCUCAUUUACGCUAUGAACUCCCUUGCAUUCCAAGCUAGGACAGGCUUGUUCAAAUAUCUAUCGCUCGAAACAAUCAGUCGAGCUGCCGACAAUUGGAAGCGAAUUUGGGAUACCAUCAUGGGCUCUUUGGAAAAGGAACAAAUAUUGCAUCUGGGUUAUCCAAAACAUGCCGAAGAACUUUGGUGGCUAUUGAACGCUACGUUGAAGGUUGCCAGCAAGCAUGACAAGACCUUCCCUUAUCUUGACAACACUGCAACCGAUGAAUUAGGAAACUUGAAUGAUUUCAUUCAGUGGUGCGAUCGAAGCGCAACAUGA